CCGCAAGUCGCCGCCGGCUCGCAUUCGUGGUUCCGCGUGGGGGGUCCGUGGAAACGCGACAAGAGAGGCGGAAGCGAUGGCGAAGUCGUGCAAGGGGUUGGCCAUGGAGCUCGUCAAGUGUCUCAGCGAGACCGACUGCGUCAAGAAAAGGCCGUACAAGGAGUGCGCUGGGGAGAAGGUGCCAAACAUUACCAGCGAGUGCGUUGGCCUGCGGGAGACCUACUUCAACUGCAAGAGGGGCCAGGUUGACAUGCGGGCCCGAAUACGCGGGAACAAGGGAUACUAGUGAUGUGCCUGCAAUAUCCACAAUCAGUUUUGGUUUCUAGCCAUGCUUCUGUGACAUUGAGGUGUAAUGAUAACAUGGUUUAGUUUGCCCGUGUUCUGUUUUUGAUAGGUGAGGGGAACUCACAACACACGUGGCUUCAAUUGAUGAGGGGAGUGCAUUCC